AUGAAUAUUGAGAGUAGACCGUUGAGGUAUGCCCAUGCUGAAGGACAUACGGAUGUAUGUUUUACAGAAGAUGGACAGCACAUAAUAACGUGCGGACAUGAUGGGGAUGUUAGAAUUUGGAAUGAUAUUGAAGAUGAUGACCCAAAUUCACAUUGUGUUGGGGAAAGCGCUCUUGCUGUUUGCUUUAAGGAUAAAAGAUUAUAUGUAGCUAAUGAUAAUCAUGCAGUGCAAGCAUAUACAUUCCCAGCAUUUGAUAAAGAUGGCAUUGUCACAAGAUUUACAGCACCAGUUACUCAAAUUAUGUCGACAUUCAAAAUAGAGGCAUUAGGAUGUUGCUCAGAAAAUAUGGAGGCGAAAAUUUGUAAUCUAGAAGGAGGUGCACCCUUAUUUGUAUUGACAGAACAUAAGGGCCCCGUACUUAGUGUUGCAAUAUGUCCCCAUAUGAAAUAUGCCGGUACAGCUUGUGGAGACGGUUUAUUAAGAAUAUGGGAUAUUGAUACUCAGAAAAUUGUAAAGGAAGUAAUUUGUGUCCCCAAAAUAAAUACAUUCUUCUCUGCUAAAGUUUUAUGUAGAAUUAGUUUUGAACCAUCAGAAGGAAAAUAUUUGGCAUACCCUAAUAAUAGAGAGAUUAUAUUAUUGGAUUGUGAAAGUUGGGGACAACGCAUGUCAUUUACUCAUAAUUUGAUAAAAUGUGCUAUAUCCCAGUGUCUGUUCUCACCUUGUGGUCAAUACCUAGCUGGCAGCACUGUGGCUGGUCAAAUAGCCGUUUGGGAAGUUCAAACUGGAGCAUGUGUGGGUAUCAUUGAACAUCCCACAUCACACAAUGUGUCGGCUAUGGCAUGGAAUCCAAAAGGUAAUGGUGUUCUUGUAUAUUGUGACGUUGCUGGUCAACUGGGCAUGCUAGUGAAUUGUUAUGGAAAGGACAGUAGUAAGAUUGGAGCAAAUACGGACACUGAAGAUAUAGAAAUGAUUGAGAGGGCUGAUGAUAAUGACGAUUUAGUUGAAAAUCUUAUAGAGAACUACGAAAGUGACGAUGAAAACGCUAUUUCUUUGGAGAAAAUAAAGAACGAGACUCUCGGUAUACAUUCGGAAAAGGACGAAUCCCGACCGACGUCGCGACAAGCUGCGCCAGUUCCUUCUACAGUUGCACCGCAGCCACCUUUUCAGCCAUCCUCUACACCUAGCCAUUUGGAGCACAGGUAUAUGUGUUGGAAUGAUGUUGGAAUAGUUCGGUGUCACACUGGAGAGAAUGGAGAGUCCAGUAUUGAUAUUGAGUUCCAUGAUUCCAAUUUGCACCAUGGAAUUCAUUUAAACAAUUAUCUCAACCACACAAUGGCUAGUUUGUCAACCUCUGUUCUAGCUUUGGCUUGUGAAACACCUAGUAAAUUAGUAUGUAUAUCGCUAGUGGGCAGUAGCAAAGAAUGGAGUGUUUCUAUGCCAGACACAGAAGAAAUACUCUGUGUAGUUGCUACAAGUAGUAUUGUCGCUUGCGCUACAAAUGCGCGUUUAUUAAGAUUGUUUACGCCUAUGGGCACGCAAAGACAGGUAAUCUCGUUACCGGGCCCGGCAGUUGCUCUGUCGGGAUUCAAUACUACAGUCAUUGCAGCAUACCAUCAGACUGACCCUGGAAUAUCAGACCAACAUCUUGCGAUGGACAUAAUAGCGCUAAAUGGUCGCCAAGUUCGUAGCAAAACGGUUAAUUUGCCACUCACUCCAAGUUCUAAAUUAGCGUGGAUUGGGAGUACCGACGCUGGCUCGCCGUGUACUUAUGACAACACCGGUAUACUGAGACUAUAUGACAUCGCCAGCGGAGUGUGGAUGCCCAUUUGCGAUACAAGCACACAUUCUAGGGGUGCCUCUGACUCUUGGUUCAUUGUGUCUAUCAGUGAGCCGACACAGACAGUGCGAGUAAUUCUUUGCAGGGGAACUUCCUUCCCACUUACGGUGCCCAAACCAAUUGUUACGGAAAUACCAAUUCAAAUACCUCUAUGUGAGUUGGAUACAGAAAAAGGUCAGUACGAGGAACAGUUGGUGCGCUGGGCACACACAACGUCAGAUGUCGAUAUGAAGACCGCUAGAGAAACUGCUUUAAAACUUUUUGCUUUGGCCUGUCGAAGUGAGAUUGAGCAAAGGGCAUUAGAACUGAUGGAAUUGCUAAAGGACGAUCGAUUGUUACCAUUAGCAGCUAAAUACGCAUCAAGACUAGGCCGGAUGCAUUUAGCUGAUAAACUGACAAACCUAGCAGAGGAGUGGGAGAAAGAAGCUGAUAAGUUGAAUGUGGCACAAAACUCCCAUUUCCAAGAACUGGAGUCGCAGGAAACUUAUGAUGUAACGAGCACCGCGCAGGAAGAUAUGAACGCAAGUCUUAUUAUACCUCAGAAGACUAGGAAAAAAAUUGAAAAUGUUACGCCUAUUAAGCCAGCUCCAAUAAAAUCUUCGCCGGGUGGUGCCAGAAAUCCUUUCAAAAAGCAGCAGGAUGUCACUAAAAAUGUGCAAAGUCCUUUAUCUUUGACGGAAAGGACAUUAGUGGAAGUUCAUGCAACCAGCGAUUCAGCAGAAAAUAAAGACCCUUUGAAGCCGCAGGAAGGUGAAACAUUUGUCGAUUGGUUUUCUCGAAAUAAAUCCAUUCUGGAGCAACAACAUCCAGACUUAACGCCUUCAGAAUUGACACGUCAAUGUAUUAGAACAUUCAAGAGUGUGCAGAGUAAAAAUUGUGUAAACGGCGAAGGAGCGCAGAAGAGAAAACUCGAAGAGGAAAGUAGUGCAGAUUCCCCCAUUGCUAAUGCUCCAAAGCAAUCCAAACUUAGUGCUUUCGCGUUUCAGAAAAAAACGUAA